AUGGAGCACGCUUGGUUGGACUCAUUGUCCGAGGAUUGGGUUUCUCAGCCCAGAUCUGAUUCCUCCGCCGUUCAACUCCCCCCUCUGAAAGAUACUGAAGAACCCAAGACAAAACCCAGGGAGACGCCGAGUAGGAUACCGCGUAGAACGUUGGGCUCACGACCCCAAUUGUCAUCAGCUGCUCGCGAUUCGAGCUUCAAUAUACUUAGCGAGCGCACUGCGAAUGAUAUCAACAUUUCGAGCCAGCGCAUCGUUAGACCAUCAUCACAAGGCUCCAAAUUCCCACCUGGAAGGUUUGCCAGUCGAUCUGUGUCUGCCUCCACGACCGCAUCAGUUGUUCAUAACACUAUUCAACACAAAUCGUCACCUGGAAGGCAACAGGAUACACCGGAGUGGAAGAGACGACUGGUGUACGGCGACGUUCAGUAUGGCGAACAGCGCGACCUGUUUUGCUCAGCUGCGACCGGAUUACAAGACAUGUUCAGACCGCCCGACGCUUCAGGCGACGAUGGAGACGAAGAGGGACGCCUGGAGUCAUCUAUGAUGCCGUCUAGCCCACCAUCAUACCCCCAGCGCGUCGCCAGCCACGACCUCGAACCCGAUCUGAGUCAACUCGACGAACUCGAUGAACUCGAGGACCAAGAGCCAUUGUAUCCAAACGAUGUUACACCGAGCCCGAGCCCCCGACGGGCACAAAGAGAGAUAAAAUACAAGCUCAAUGUGGAAGAUUCUAUGGUGUCCAGUAUACCUAGCCCCCGAGAUGAAACCCCCUCAAGACAUCGAGAUGAGUCUUAUCGCGAUGAAAGCUGUUUAAGCGCUCCUUCUGAGACGAACGGUAGCGUUCGAAAGAUCAGCGGCCAAAGCGUGAUUCGCAACGAAGAUUUCAGUCCCAUUCUUAUCGGCAAGCAGAGCGACAAGGACGGCAAUAUGGACUUUGCGCCCAUUGAGCUGCCAGCAGACAGAUUGAAGCAGAAACUCGAAGCCUUGCGCAUUAAUCAGAUGCUUCUCGAUCCUGCAGUUGACCCUAAGACGGGAUUUGAUGAGCCUAAUCAGGAAACUUCUGCUACUCCUGAGGAUACUGAAGAAUAUGCAACAAAAGGUGGAUUCUUGAAUCUUCAACGAGGAGGUCGCUCAGGCGAUGGUUCAUUUCGCUAUCGUGAUCUCAGCCCUGGCUUGGGUGUUGACACAAGUGGAAUGCUUCCAGAGGAGUCCCUGCAGGCCAGCACUCCCAAACAGUUUCCUUCCAUACGAACGGAAGUUACCAACCCAUAUCAAAACGACUACUUCAACAUCAGUCCGUCCUUGCCGCGAGCCCCUUUCCCCAGUCCAGACAAGAAGCAGAUUAAUCCAGGCAGAAGCGCGCCAUCUGCUGGAAGUCCUCUCAAGCUUUUUGGCCCUUAUGAUACCUUUACCAACCAAACACUCCUUCGACGUAUCAGUCAAUUCGAGGAAGGCAUGUCGGGUACGCCUUCCCGGCAAUCCUCAGGAUCUCAAGCUCCUCAUGAUCAGUCCGAUAUGCCCGCUCACGAAUACGGAGACUCCAUGUCUAGUCCUGCUUUACCGACAACGAGUCAUAGACCCAUCAGUGGGAGAUCUUUCAGUCGUUUUGGCCUUGGAGAUCUCGAAGGAUACGAGUUUAGUGAGGAAGUUUCUUAUGUCUCUCAAGGAGAUCCAGUCUAUUCCGACAAGGAAAAUGAUGCCCCUCAAUCACCAGAUAUUCCACCAGUUGAGUCAGUUCUUCAACAUCCAGAGCAGGUAGCGUCUCCUAGUCCUGACGCCCAGUUACUUGUACGCAGACGUCGGGGCAAGUCCACAUCAUCAUCUGGCAGCAAGCAUCAUAGGACAAUCUCAGGUUCUAGUCACAUCCACAGCAAAUCUCUGAGUCCAGCAAAGGGUGCUCCAGGCAAUGUCAAUACCCCCAAACGCGAUAGCGGAUCAGAGGGUAAGAGACCUCGAACGUCUCCGUCCAAGGAUCCAACGCCAAAGCGUCGCCGUACGCUACAUCGUUCUGACAUUGCCUUUGGCCGCGAGGAUCGAUUAGAAGGGGUAGAAUCCGCCAGCCGUGACAUGCAGUCGAUUAUGGGAAAGAAACGCAAGGAUGCACGACCUAGUGAGUUCCAACUUGCGAACCCCAACGUGCUUGCAAUGAGAAACAUUCUCCGCCCACGCAGUCCUACGCCAAGCCGGGGAUCGUCACAGCGUAGUGAGCCGAACGAGACCAUGCACUCGGAGGAUGAUAUGACCCACGAAAAGCCGAAGAAGACUCUUAUCCGGGCAUUGCAGGAGGAGACUCUAGGAUAUUCUACGGAAGGCCAUAGUGAGGUAGACCGUAAACCGUCUAUUAGGACUCAGGACUUUGUCGACCAGGCUGCACAGAUCAUGGCCAUGAUCCGCAACCAAGUGAGACCACCAGGUCUCUCAAGUGUUGAAGAAUCGGAGGCUGAGCAUGGCACACCCGAAGGGGAUGACCUCGAUGAUUCUUAUCAGGAGUCAACGAAUGAGCCCUUGUCUCGUCCUCCAAGCCGCGAAGGAAACCCCAUGCCCAGACCACCCAAGCAUCAGGAGGAUCCAGAGCUGAUCAAGCGGUUGAGGAAGUACCAGGAGUUCAGCGAUAUGGGAGACAUCAUUACCUUGUCUAUGCGAUCCAUGGGCCUAGUCAAGGAAGCAAUUCUUGCCGAUCAAGAAGUUGAGCGGGAAAUUGAGAAGGCGCCUCGCCAGCGAUCAGAGCUGUCAUACAACACUGAAGAUGAAGUCAUCAGCGAUCCACCCAACAUUCGAUUGUCAGCUGGCCCUGCUCAUGAUGCGCCGCCAUCGAGCCCCUCACGCGACUAUCACUCGCAGUCAUCGGGGGUUUCGACAAACAGAACCUAUCCUACAACGUCCUCGCAUGGCUCUGAGACCCGAAGAACUAUCAUGCCCGAAAGUGUGUCACAUCUUAUCCCGGAUCGAGUGGGCAGUAUGUAUCUCGAUAAGCAAAACAAUAUCUGGAUCAAGAAGAAGGAGACACCUACGCGGCGGCCCAUGAAUAUUCUUCCAUCAGACAGUGAGGAUGAUCCUUUCGCCAGCAUCCCAGAUUUGUCUGUGGAUUUGACGAGAGAGAUGCAGAAUCUCCAUCUCACCACCGCCAAGAAGAGCAACGCGGCCAGCAGUCCAAGCCAGGCGAGGUCGCCCACCAGCCCAUCCAAAUUUGCAAAGUUCCAAUCUGCUAGAGGCUUUACGACAUUGUCACCUGAUGGGCAACUGAGCCCGGAGAUGAAUAGCCUUGUCGGAGAAGAGUUCGAGAAGUUGGAUGCCCGGGUAAUGGAGGAUUCCGAGCUAUAUCUUGAAGAAUCUUGUCAAGAUGAGAGCAGCUUCCACGACGACAAGGCUAGCAGUACUCCCUCGACGACCACCAAGAAACGUAACCUCACCAUCACGUUCUCUUCGCCGGUUGCAUCCAUCAUACAAGAUGUGGUGGUGGCAGAGGAUUUGGACAACCUUGAAGAUGAUCCGGAGCUUCCCAAUGGCCAUUUCAACAACAGCUCAUCACCUAGGAAGUCACCAGGCCAUGCCAGUAUUGGAAAAUCAGCGUUGAAGAGCGGCGGUAAUGGACAGGGCUGGAGUAACCGUAUCCCCUCACGAAAUGGCCCAGCAUUUGUUCCUCGACCUGUUUCGCGGAUUGACGAGCAAGACGAGGAUAGUACAAUCGAGCUUCCUAUUGAUGACCAGCGCCAAGUCAGCAUCAUUGGGGACACAAGCGUCGUCAGUCACAAAACACCCGACGGCCGACGCACCAGUCUGAGCUUCGUUGUAAACCCAACACCAAACAACAACUUCUACCCGACUCCUGCAGACGACAGUGUCAUGAUUGGCCAGAAUGUCGGAAAACUUUCCCUUAGCCCUUUGUCUGAAUUUACUAUCAAUAAUACGGAUCAGUCGUUCGGCUUCGAGGUCAGCUAUGUCAUGGGUCGACGGCAUGCAGCCACUGGAGAUGGAUCCAAGAAGGUCAUGUCCAUGACGAUACGGGAACUUGUGGACAAGCUUAGUGAGGUUGAGCCGUACGAGCCUUACUGGGAAGACAUCACAGAACUAGAUCUUCACGAGAAACGUCUGGGAAGCCUGCACAUGCUAGACCAGUUCUGCGGCAAGCUGGUGACACUGGACGCUUCCAAGAAUGCACUGGGACAUUUGGACGGUGUGCCGCCUAGUGUUCGGCAGCUAAAGGUAUCCCAGAAUAUGCUGACCGAGUUGACAUCUUGGGAUCACUUGAUGAACCUUCAGUACGUGGAUAUAUCUGGUAACGAGGUCAAGAGCCUUUCUGCUCUCAAGGGUUUGGUACAUCUGCGAAGCAUCAGGGCCGACAACAACCAACUGACGAGCCUUGAUGGCCUCGAUACCCAUGAUGGACUGCUGUCUCUUCGAGCCCGAGACAACUUAAUCGAGGAAGUUGAUUUUGCAAGAGUUAAGAUGGAGCGCCUCACUGAACUCGAUUUGGGAGGCAACCGAGUUUCAUCGAUCCGGAACUUGGAGUUGGCUCCCGCUCUGUCACGCUUGAGGUUGUCCAAGAACAAGCUUACAAGCUUUGUGGCGCCAUCGUGUAUCAAGACACUCCGUCAGUUGGAACUGAGCGAUAACCAACUUACCUGCUUGGACGUCAGUAAUUUGCCCAACUUACACUCAGUACAUGCUGAUCGCAACCGCAUUACUGAGUUGAGUGGCUUCAGCCGAGCUCGAAAGCUUGAUAGCCUGAGUCUCAGGGAGCAGCGGGCAGAUAAGGCUCUCGACCUCGGCUUCCUUUCUUCAGCUUGCGAAGUCCGCAAGCUUUUCCUUUCUGGCAACUACCUGGGCACCUUUGAGCCCACAGUGGACUUUCUCAACUUGCAACUCCUUGAGCUCGCCAACUGUGGGAUUCAGGCGUUGCCAGACAACCUUGGUCAGCUGAUGCCUAACCUCCGAACGUUGAACAUUAACUUCAACGCGAUCCGAGAUUUGGAACCGCUCCGGUUCAUUCCACGACUCAAGAAGCUCCUUGUGGCAGGCAACCGACUGGCUGAUUCUACCAUGGUGACGGAGUUGCUCAUCGAGUUUCCACAUCUCACUCAGCUUGAUCUGAGGGACAAUCCUAUCACGAUUGGUUUCUAUGCUCCAACGCAGAUGUUGGUUCCUGCGGAUCGCGAGGGCUACAUUGACCCGUUUAUGCUGCCUGACACAGAUGUCGAGCGAGAUCAGCUAUUCUCUAGUCGACUAGACGAGAUGACCAAGUUACGGCGACGACUACACCAAAUUGUGUUUGUGGCAAGUUGCAAGAGGCUACGAAAGUUGGAUGGGCUCGGCAUCGACCGAGAGACGGUCCUAGCCAAAGACGCCGUGUUUCAGACACUGGUUGCUGAGGGCCUGUUGCCGGAUGAGACACUCGUGGGUGAAAACUCUUCACCUUGCAAAGAUGUAACGGUGGAAAAUGAGACAAUGGGGACGAUGCGAAGCAGCCGUUGGAAUGCAGAGGACAGCUUUGCCUAAGGGGCAUUACAAAAGUGUAUAAUUCAAGAGGCGAGAAGGGGGGGUUGAGCUGUGCAUAUUUGAAUGAGGCGUUUGUGGAAUGUUUAAAUUGGUUUGAUUUCUUUUUUUUUUUUUUUCUCAGAUCAAGGGAGCGAGAGGCUAGGGAAUGGCCCUUAAAGGGGUAGGAAAACGGAUUAUGAAUGAACAUGGCAUUGCCAGGCUGGAUUUUGGCAUUGGUAGGAGUUCAUGGGUUGACUAUUACGAGUAAUUAUCUUACAUAGCUUAUGGGGACAUGAGCUGUAUGAAUACAUACAUGGUAUGAG